AUGCCACCUAUUUUUCUAAGGAUCAUUAUUAUACCUUCCUUUCUUUACAUUGAAACCUUGUACUUUUCAUUUCUCAUUUGUUUUCUCUUGUAUUGUCUUGUCCCAAACAUCAAGAUCAAGAUCAAGCUGAAACCCCUCCUCCUCCUCCUCUAA